GAGGGUACCAAAAAAAGAGGGAGAGAAAAAAAAGAGAGAACGAGAAAAAAGGACCCAGGUGGUUAGUCACUAGCUCUGGACGUAGUUUUGAGUCUAACAGUAAGUACUAUAGUGUGGAACUUCAGAGAAGAAGAAUGACAUGGAUCUUUACCACUGGAAAGCUGAAUGAUUAUUGGUCAAAUGAUGUCUUUUUUCCAGGGUGUUUUAGCAGUGUAUUUUUGUGGCUUGGCACACAGGGAUAUUUGUUAGUGUUGUUGACAUGUAGGCCAGUCCUAACUAAAGGGAGUGAGGGGCUGAGCUGUGGGAAUGAAAACUGUAGCAACUGUGACCUCAUGACAAUUGACAACAGAGCAGUGAAAUAUGAGUGGGGGUUACGACGUGGACCUGUUUGUGGACGGUCCAGACUAUGACCUGCUCUGCACCAUCUGUAGAGCUGUCCUGAGGUGUCCUGUCAGAGUGGCCUGUAACCAUGUCUUCUGCAAGACCUGCAUCCUACAGUGGCUCAGGAGACAGGAGACAUGUCCCUGCUGUAGGAACACUAUCAGUCCCAGCUUUAUGUUCGUCAUGUACAAAUUGAGUAAAACUAUCAGCCGCCUCAGGAUUAAGUGUAACAACGAGGGAUGCUCAGCCACUUUCCCUCUGUCUGAGGAGUUCCUCCAUAGUUCCUCCUGCCAGUUCCAGAGGGUCCCAUGCCCCCACCAGGGCUGUGGUUCCUUGGUGCCCCGCUCAGCCCUGGAGGUCCACUCACAGCACUGCCAGCACUGGAGCCAGCUCUGCCCCAUGGGCUGUGGUACUCUGCUCACACAGGCCACCCAGCCCCAGCACAACUGCUUCAGGCAGCUGAGGCAGCAUGUGGAGGCCCAGAGGCAGAGUCACAGAGCCAUCGCUAGCGCCCUCCGGAGAAAGAUGGGGAGAAUGCAGACCGCCAUGACACACGUCAGGAGGCAGGUGGCGCUCAUCUGUGAGAGCCUAGAGGUCAUGGGAGAGGAGGAGGCGGAGGGGGAGGAGGGUGGAGAGGUGUAUGAGGGAUAUGGAGAGGGGGAGACAACAGGGGAGAGUAACACGAGCAGCAGUAGCAGCAGCUCUUGAGAUGGGUACAGGUUUUUAUUUUUUUAUUUUUCACAAAUUAUUAAUAAAGUUUUAUGUGACAUAAUGGUUUUUAUAUCAAAUCUGUUUAUGCGAAAAUGUGAAAAUGAAAGAGGUUUUGGAUUUUAAUGAUUUUAAUGAAACUGUUAAUUUCAUUUUGGUGUAUUUUGUAAAUUCUGCAAAUUUAUUCUUCUGGAUUGUUUUCUUUUCAGAAUGUUUUUAUUAGGUUGAUUAUUGUAUUUCGGCAAAACCAAAUCUCAAAUGAUUAAAAACAUGACAAAAACA